AUGAAAGAUGACUUUUUGGAUUUGGGUGAUGAGCCGGGCUCCAAGCAUUUGCUCAAUGCGAGCAUUGCAGUGCCCAGUGAAAUUUUGCUUCACCCUCAUGAUUUUCAAAAAAAUGUGGUUCAUUUUUUUUGUGUUACAGUACAAGUACUGUAUCUGAAUCUGGUGUUGCCAUCAGCUAGUGACAGGUGGAACUGCAAUUCGCUGGGUCGAGACAAAAUGCCCUAUGCAGAGGCCUUAUUUCUGCGGGAUAACGGCUUCGACCACGCGGCAGUUCGCAAAAUUGGAGCUGUCUUUAGCGAUGACGGUGGUGUGGACCCAUACGUAGUGAUGUGCUCAGACAAGGGCAAGAUGCUCCAUUUCAACGGCGGGGUCAAACCUUGGACCUGGCAGACUUACUAUGCCGAUCACAAACUGCCACUCUGUGCCCUUCCCGAGAAUAUGCCCGAGAACUUCAACUUCAAUUCUGUGGUUCAAGUAAAGCUGUUUUGUAAGUUAGUGUCCUUCGUGAAUUGUGUGGAUAUUUGGAACAGUUUCAUCUCGGAAGAGACAGCUUGCGCUUUGCGGGAUUACAAGCAGGAGUGGCCGGAGGAGCCAACAUGGAUAGCCAACAUGGGCGAGAAGGUUGCCAAAGAGGAAGAAGAACGGAUAGACAGAGAAAAAGCGAGGAUUCAAAAACAGGAGGGACUGCAUCUUCCAGACGACUCACAUCGAUGUCGUUUAUGUGUUGAUAACCUGUAUUAUAAUAUAUAA